GCAUCAGGCAGCACGCUUCAGUAAAAAGAAUUAGGUAAUUCCCUGAGUUGUUUUGAUACGCAAUGCUUAUCAUAUUUGCUUGUAAUUAGUCAUGUUCCUUUACAAGAGACAUGCAAUCAGUAAAUUCUAAAACAAUCUGUCUUUGUUCCUUUACAAGGGAUUAAUCACAGUAUCAGUAAGUUUUUUGUUAGUAUAGGUUUAAAACAUGCCUGAAAAAAAAUUAUCUGGAUACGUCUACAGCAUUCCGGUUUUCUAUAUCAUCAAUGGACCGACCUCCUUUUGUGAAUUUCGAAUAGAUAACACAGACCACAUAAUCGACGUAAAUAAAGGCAACGUGCAAUUCGAAUACGAUCAAGUGAAUAUAAUUUGCCCUGUGUAUCCUUCUGGCAUCUAUGACGAAGAUGCUGAAAAAUAUAUAAUCUACAACGUUUCAAAGGAAGAAUACGAAACAUGUCGUAUAACAAAUCCCACCCCUAGGAUCAUCGCUGUUUGCGAUAAGCCGUACAAGCUUAUGUACUUUACCAUCACUUUUAGGCCAUUUACACCCCAACCUGGUGGCUUAGAAUUCCUACCGGGGAGAGACUACUACUUUAUUUCAACAUCUUCCAAAGAAGACCUUCAUAGGCGUAUUGGUGGUCGAUGUUCAACAAACAAUAUGAAGAUAGUUUUCAAAGUUUGCUGUAAACCGGAAGAUAGUGCACAAAAUAGUACUACGGAAAGGACAACGUCGACCACCGCAACCCCAUAUUGGCCCGUACGACCCUCGAUUCCUUCAACUUCGACACAAUCCACGACCAAUUAUGUUAUCAAACAAGACAUGCAACCAACUCGUAAAACUACAAAGAAAAUGAGUGUCGCACUUAGCGUUACUGUCAUGAAUGUGUAA